AUGUCCGGCACAGGAGCGGGGUCGUACCAAACCCAACGGACAGUUUCUGGUGCUACGGGACGAAGGCAAAGGGAGGAACGGGAUGAAGAGCUCGAACGGCUUCGUAGACUAGUCAGGGGUUUGGAGCUGGAGGUGAAAGGUAAGCGCCGGAGAAGAGAAAGAAAUGUCCGGCAACAGGAAGUCAGAAUUGGGAGAAAUAGAUACGGACAGGGAUCUAAUCAGUUUGGAUCUCAACUACGUUUCUCUGAGCUGAUCCAGGAGUUCGGCGUCCGGUUUUUGACAUGCAGUCGAGUAUCUCAACCAGUAGACGCGCUUUUCUUAAUGAAAAUAAGGUCGGGAAAGACCCUCUGUAGUUAUGCCAGCCGGUAUUGGGAGCUAUACAAUGAGAUAGGCAGGGAUAACGAAAGGGUCGCAGCAAGCACAUUUAGGAUGGGGUUGCCUGAGGAUUUCGGGCUACGAGAGUCGUUAACCAAGAAGCCUCCCGAAGGCAUGCGGCAGCUUAUGAGACGCAUCGAGGAAUACAAACGAUUAAAAGAUGACCGGUUGCAGAGAAAAGGUAAAGUGCCGAUGAUGAAUCGUCCCCGGCAGAUAGGUUUCCCGUUCAGGCCUCGUGGGGGUCUAGCAAUUCAAGAGCCGGCCGCACAAAUGGGAGAAGUGAACGUAACGUUUAAGGAACCGGUACACAGGAUUCUUGACCGAAUCAAACAUGAGCCGUAUUUUCAAUGGCCGAACAAGAUAAGAGGGGACCCGUCCAAAAGGAAUCAGAAUCUGUACUACGCUUAUCACCGAGACAAGGGUCAUACCACCGAACAAUGCCGGGUAUUAAAGGAUCACCUAGGGCAACUAGUCAAGGUCGGGCACUUAAAGGAUUUCGUGCUAGACUCGGGGGACAGAGUCGUAGGGCAAGAUAACCGGCAAAUGGGGAACCCUCUCCCAUCCCUUGUAGGGGUUAUUGAAGUAAUCCAUGUUGCUCCGGAGAAGCUCAUUGCAGGAAGGAGGAAAGAAGUGUUGACAGUGGUACCGGUAGAGGGUAACCUGGAUCUACAGUCAUCAGGCAAGAAGAUGAAGUUUGCAUGGUAG